GGAAACAGACACAUUACAUGUCUGCUUGGGCCGGCGGGUUGGAAUUGCCCAAAAAGUCCGGACCUUUACCGGAAAAGGCUAGAACCGCCGCAAUCUUCCGUGGCCAGUCCCCUACAGGCACCGCCGCCGCCGACGCCUCAGCCUCAGCCCCGCCGGACUCCCCUCACUCCCUCUCCCCCGCCCCGGCCCCGCAUCCCACGCGCGUCGCCGCCGCCGCCGGCCCAGUCUUUCCUCGCCUGGACGCCGCGCUCCCGCCGUCUCCGCCCCGUCCGCCCACGCCCAUUGGGUUCGAGAAGGAAGCUCCUAUGGCGACAUCCGACGAACAGGAUCAGAAGGACCAACAGGAUACCAAGGACGAACAACAGGCUCACAAGGACGACGACGAGCAGGCUGAGAAGGAGUACGCCGAUUUCGAGGCGAGGGUCAAGAGGACGAUAUACAUCGACCACCUCUCCCCCCUGGUCACCGCCCAGGUCAUCAAGGCGUCUCUCGCCCAGUGCGCCAACGUCGUCAGCACCGAGUUCAUUCAGAACUACACGAUCCAGUACGAGAUCCCCGCCGCUGCGUUGGUGGAGGUGGACAACGAGUCGCAGGCCCAGGCCGCUGUGGACCUGAUGAACAACUUCCCGUUCAUGCUCGGCGGGAUGCCCAGGCCUGUGAGGGCUGUCUUUGCAAAGCCCGAGAUGUUUCCGGACCGCCCUAGGAAGCCUGGGUUGAAGAUUGAGUUCAGCUGGGUCAAGCAAGGAGAUCCAGGGUAUGAUGGGAUGAGUAAGCUCAAGGGCCUCGCAAGGAGGCAAGAAGCAGAAAAUAUGGCACUUAUCAAGAAUCAAUUGGAAGAGGAGAAGGAGCUGGCGGCGCAGCAGCAGGAAACCCUGGAAGCAAGCAAUAGCAAGUACGACAUACUCGAGAAACUCAUGACCGACGGGGACAUUACUAAACUCGCCCAGCAUUAUAAGGUCAAGCUGGGAGACAACUGAUGAGUUCUCGGCGUACAAGCACCUCCCUCGGAGACUACGGUCGGUCACCAGUGCAAGCAGAUCCUUGUUCUGCCGAGGGCAUCCCAGUCGUAGAUGUGAUGGUGCGAUAGUAAUCAUCCAUUGGCUAGUCAUCGAGCGUCGAUUUGUUAGGUGCAGCCGCGCUCUAGUUGUGGCCAGCUGCAAAGCAGCAGUUCCUUAGUGUAACAACUGUGAUCCGAUCCGUUGAUGGUACGCUUGGUGUGAUAACAAUCUUUGUAUGACUUCCAAGCUUAUCAUGUCGGCAAGAUGAUCCAACGA